AUGUACAAGGAAUUUGCUGUCGAUUUGAGCCACGCGCAGGCUGUUAAAGUCCUACAUGGCAAACCCGUUCGCUUGAGUCAUUCUCAAUUGAACAGAGGCCACACACAUUAUUUCCAUCCUGAAAACUACAAGAAGUUGGUAAAGGCAUACGAAGCGGGCAAAGGGACAACAUUACAUAUGUCUCACGGGGAAGUUCUACGAACACAUCAAUCAGGGCUUAGUGCUAGCGCUGCUUGGAACUUUCUCAAAACAAAUUGGAAGCCGAUCACUUCCGGACUUUUGGAUGGUAUUGCUACCGCGGCCGGACCUGAAGCUGCUCCAUUGCGUGGUUUGGUGAAGGAUGUGAGCGGUGUGGGAAUGGCUCCUCCCAUGACUCGUCGUCGCAGAGGAAUUGCCGCAAGUGGCAGUUUUCGACUUGGAUGA